CCAGCAGGGUCGAUCAUGUGCCAGAAUUAGCUGAGUCAUACUGCGGUGGACAUAUUUAAACAAGAAGGACGUCACCACUUCUCCUGGAAUACUCUAACCCCCACAAAAUCAAACAUGACCUCCCGACAGGAAACGCAGCACCAAGGCUGCGCAGACUUCUUCUCAGACCUGCCACCUGAAAUGAGAAUGGAAAUACUCAACCAAACCCCACUCCAGGAUAUCCGUCAUCUGAUCACAGCCUCACCUGCUCUGUUACGCAUCUUCCAACAACACCGGGCCUCUCUUUUAAGGCAUCAUUUGCAAGGCCUGCUCCAAGUCUAUGGGGACGAACGUAUUCUGCCUUUCGUUGCCUUCACCGUGGAUCUGCGUAAUCUACGCGCCCAGUCACAGUAUUUGACAGCCUCGGAGUUAGAGGAAAAGCUCAAACCUGCACUGAAUUCCAUUGUUUCACAGGAUUGCAUCAGGCAACCAAUCGAAGGCUACAUAGGUCUCCCAAAUCUGGAAAAGGCUCAGAUUCUAGUACCCGAGCUUUGCCUUGCCUAUCGUCACCAUCAAGAGAGCUCUCACAGCUUGACGGAGAGGCCCAGCAGCCACUUUCUACUGGAAAAGGCCCCGUGUUAUGACAAGUUCAGAUUCGUGGAGAGAUUUCUGAGAUUUGAUUGUUAUUGCAACACUUUUUACUACGGAACCCAAUCUCUGUUUAGUACUUUGAUUGAUGUAAAGACAAAGUUUUCAAGGCCAUUUCUCCAUCACCCUGACGCUUCAGUUGAGAGAUAUCCCUGCACCAUCAUUCCUACUAUUUUUAAAGGGUAUCUACAUCUAAUAACCCGACUUGAUGACUCUCUUUUAUCCCGGCAACCAAAGCCCGUCGAGACACCUGAAAGUUGGACACAGGAUAUAUCAACUCUGCGAAGAGACAAGUUCUUGGACCGGAGUGCGUUAGAAGAGAUGGCCUUUGUCAUUUAUCUUGUCAUGGGCGGUUAUCCUAAAUUUGCUAUGCUGAAGAGUCUUACAGCCGAGGAGUUUGGACAUUACACUCUUGAGAUAUUCUAUCAAUUUGUUACAGGCGACCCGGAAGAACGAGUGGUGUGGGUAAAGCAAUGGACCAGAGAUCAUAAUCUACAUUGGCAGUAGGCACUGAGGGAUUGAGACAAGAGAGCUUGAGAGGAUGAUGUUAGGCAACCCGUUUGGGUGGGGGGUAUCAUGGAUAAAAAGAAUCGCGCUGGAACGGCGACGGGCAGGCACGGAAAAUGCUCACAAGUUCUGUGGCCGAGUCAACAAAAGGUUAAUUGGACCCAUCGGCAAAAGGAAACUCCGGUACAGGGAAUCGAACCCUGGGCUCCGCGGUACUGAUCUCUCAGGUUAUGAGAGCGCGAAAUGUUAGCCACUACACCAUACCGGACUCGGUUACUAGAGGGCCUGAUUCUGGACCCUCACAUUCGGUCCCGGCCGUUGAGAUCAGACGGCAAUCGCUCACAAGACAUGCUACAGCUUAACCUGUCACGUCUGGACUCUCCUUCUGCUCUAUUGUAAGAAAUGUAAAAGGUUCUGGCAUGGAUGGUGUUUGCGGAACGUCCACUAACUAUGCUGGAACUUCGACAUGCAGUCUCAGUCUCGAAACAUACAACAGCUAUGGACUUGGAUUUUAUGAAGACUGCGCUGUGGUAUGCUGCUCAGCAAGGUACCACGCGCGUUGUGGAGUUGCUUGUUCAGAGACAGAAACUUCUAGCUAACCUUCCUGACGGAGGGAUAGACUCACCACUGCUAGAGGCUACCCGAAGGAAUGAUGUGGCUAUUGUCAAGCUGUUGUUGCAGGCACGCGACAUUGAUGUUAAUUAUCCAUCUCAUGAACCUCCUCUUUGCAUUGCCGCUGAAAAAGGCUACGAAGCGAUAGCCAAGAUACUGCUCAACACACGAGAUAUAGACGUCGAUAACCUAGAUGGCAGCGGCGACACACCUUUACUCAUAGCCUCAAUGUUUGGCUACGCCGGCAUUGUGAGGCGACUUCUCAGAACGGGCAAGGUUGAUGCUGAUCCUAACGACGGAUGCGGAGAUACUGCAUUUUCAUGGGCUGUUAAAUACGGGCACGUUGACGUGAUCAAACUUCUACUCCGCCAAGACGGUAUCGAUUUCAAUUGGUGGGUAGAUGGUCGUACAGCUCUUGGGUGGGCUGUACAUGUGAAUAACGAGGAACCCUUCUUCAUGCUCCUGGACUUUGGUCGCAUUGACAUCGAGUCGCGAGACUGCCGCUGGGGCCUCUCACGCUAUACUGCAUCAUCCUUAAUCGAUGCUUUGGAACAUGGCAAUACGAAGAUUUUUCAGACGCUCCUGACACUUCCGGGAGUGGACUUUAACAGAACGGACGAUGAUGAUGGGCGCACUGCGCUUAUGCAUGCAGUUCAAGCGGGACAGCAUGAUAUAGUGAAGCAGCUUCCGGGGACUGGCAAGGUGGACAUAGGAGCUAGGGAUAAUGAUGGCCGAAGUGUAAUGGACAAAGCUCAAGAACAGGGCAACAAUGAGAUAACGCUGCUACUGCUUAAAUAUCGUCAGAAUCAACUCUUGUCCGUUGCAUCUGAGGCUACCGCGACACCACAUAAGGUCGCCAGAAUUUAAAACGAACCUCAGAGAACAUUACACUAGCCACAGACUUGCAGUCACAGAUAUAAUAUCACUUCUAUAGUCAGAUUACAUAACAGUGAGGAACCAGUAGACGACCUAUAGGCGGAAAUUUCCACCAGAUCAAUACUCCGAAUAUCUCUAAUUGGCCAUUUAAUACGACAUCUCUGCAUACCAUUGCGA